AGGAGAGAGCUGGGCUCCUGCCCCGGCUUCCUCCGGCCUCCAGCUCGACACGCCUCGAGCCCAAGGCACGCAGGGGCAGUCUGAGCCUCCGUAGCGCAGCUUUCCUCUGCCCCGUGCGAAGCAGAGGGCUGGGAGCUGCUGGGCUGCGGCAGCACGUGGCUGGGCUCCCUCUGAGCCCUCUCCCCAUCUGCCUUCCAGGAACAUCACCAUGUGGCGCGUGGUGGUCGGGGCCACCCGCUUGACCCAGCUGGGCCCGGAGGCCCAAGUGCGGAAUAUCAAGCGGCUUCUGGUUCCCGCGGACUAUGGGAACAUCCCGCACAGGCAGGACAUUGCGCUGCUGGAGUUGGACCAGCCUGUGCAGUGCAGCCGCUCCAUCCAGCUCGCCUGCGUGCCCGACGCCUCGCUGAACGUGUCCGAGCUGACGACCUGCUACGUCAGCGGCUGGAGGGCCUCGACGGCGAGCGCUGCAGGAACAACGGAUGUCCUGCAGGAGUCCAAGGUCCACCUCAUCAACCUCAACAUCUGCAACACCAGCCGGUGGUACGCAGGGGCCCUUCAACCCCACAACCUGUGCACUGUCCCCGCAGGGGGCAUCGACACCUGCCAGGGGGACAGCGGCGAUCCUCUCGUCUGCGAAGACAACACUGCCGACUACUUCUGGCUCGUUGGGGUGACCACCUGGGGGACAGGCUGCACGAGAGCAAACCGGGCUGGAAUCUACACCUCCACUCAGCACUUUUACAGCUGGAUCCUGGAACAGAUGGGGCUGAGCCCAGAAGUAACGGCUGCUCCGGCGCCACAGCCAGCCUUCCCCUCAGCCCCCUUGCAGACGCCGAGGCCAAGAGCAACACCAUCAGGCGGCUUCAGCUCCGACACCUUUCUACUGCAGAACCUGGUGCAAUUCUUCACCUGGUUGCAGGAGCUGGUUCAGAACCUGUGGGAAGGGCUGAGCAGCAGGAUGGACAGGAUCCAGUGCAGGCUGCAGUGCACCACGGCCACCUCCUGCAGGGGCUCUGCCUGCUGAGCCAAGGGCAGCCUCGGCGUCAGCGGCCUGCUCGGUCCUGCCCACAUCCCUCCACCUGCACAGAAAAGGACAUUUUCUUUGCAGCUGAAUAAAUUUUCCACAUUUCAGAGGUCACCAGGCUUCGGUUCCAUUCCGUCUCCUGAGCAAGGCAAGGAUUCCAUGCCCAACACCUGCA